AUCAGAACUUGUGUGCAGAGUAAAGUACAACAAUACUUUACCGGACAUUCCGUUUGACCCAAAAUUCAUCACUUAUCCAUUUGAAUCUAACAGGUUCUACACAUACAAACCAACUUCUUUAGAGAGGUCAUUUAAGUAUGACCUUCUCACAGAGCAUGACCUGGGUGUCGGCAUUGACCUCAUCAACCCUGACACAUACAAGAUUGACCUCAAUGCAUAUCCUGAACCUGAAGAUGAAAGGCUUCUGGAGGAAGACCUCAACACACCUGGUGAUUCAAAAAGAUCAAGACAUCACAAUACCAACGUGUCUUGGUUGCGGAAGACUGAGUACAUCUCCACAGAGUACAACAGAUUCAUACAAAAAGCUGACAAGUCAGAGGCCAAGGUUGGUUUCAAGAUCAAACAGAUCAUGAAAGAAGAAGAUCUUUACAAAGACAGAGAAAGUCAGAUUGGUGCAAUUAACAGCACGUUUGAAAAAGCAAAAAAUCCAAUUCUCAAACACUACAGCAAGCCUGGCGUGAAGCCUAUGCAGGUCAUGGAGGUGUUCCCAGACUUUCAGUUGUGGAAGCAUCCGUUCGCUCAAGUCUUGUUUGACUCUGAUCCUGCACCAAAAGGUUACUCUGCUCCUGUCCAGAUGGAGGAAAUGUCUCAGGCCAUGAUCAGAGGAGCCGUGGAUGAGAGCGGUGAGCAGUUUGUGGCUUACUUCCUCCCAACAGACGAAACUCUUGGGAAAAGAAAACGGGAUGCUGAGAGUGAGAAAGAAUAUGAAGAGGAAGAAACGUAUGAGUAUUUGCUGGCAAGAGAGUACAACUGGAAUGUGAAGAAUAAAUUGUCCAAGGGCUACGAAGAGACAUACUUCUUCGUCAUAAGAGAGGAUGGAGUUUUCUACAAUGAACUGGAGACAAGGGUCCGACUUAGCAAGAGGAGGAAAACGGUUGCCAAUGCUCAGCUGAGAUCAAGAUUGAUUGUUAAACACAGACCUCUGACAGACAAAGAAUUGGCUGCACAGGAGGGUCGCCUGCAGAUGUUGGAGCCUCCUGGUGAGGAGGAAGAGGAAGAGGAGCCAAUGCCCAGUUUGACUGCUGAAGUGACUUCGGAGACGAGGGAUGAGAGCGAUAAGGAGAGUGGAGAGGAGGAAGAGGGAGAGCCGAAAAGGCGGAAGAUCGAGAGCGACGAAGAUGAGGAAGAAGAGGACAAAGCCAGCGUUAAGUCUGCCGGAAGUGCCAGAAGUCGCAGCAAGAGUAGAAGCCGCAGCCGGAGCAGAAGUGCCAGCGGCAGCCGGAGCGGGAGUGGCAGUCCCCGGAGAAGUCGCAGCAAGAGUGGAAGCAGGAGUAGGAGCAGGAGUAAGAGCAGGAGUAAGAGUAAAAGUGUCAGCCGCAGCCGCAGCAGGAGCAGAAGCAAGAGUAAGAGCGCCAGCCGCAGUAGGAGUAGGAGUAGAAGUAAAUCAGGCAGUCGGUCGCGCUCGCGAUCUCGUAGUGCCAGCAAGAGCAGGAGCCGUAGCGUCAGUAGAAGUCGGAGCAGAAGCAGGAGUAAAUCUGCCUCUGACAAGGAGGGAAGUGCCAGUGAAGCAGAGGAGGACAAGGGAAGGAAAGAUGAGGAGGAGAUUUUUGGUUCUGCCGGCAGUUCAGAGGACAGUGACUAAUGUUUGUUACUGUCACUUUUUGACUAAUUUCGUUUAUAGGAAUAAGUCAAUCAUGAUUGUCGUUUUUUUUGGGGGUUUUUUUGGGGGGGGCAAAAUGCAGGAUUUCUUGAAACUCCUAUAAAAAAUGUACUGCCCGUUUUUCCCCAUCACCAACAUCAUUGAUUUUAUUAAACAUUAAUAAAAUGUACAUAUUUAUA